AUGGACCCCUGCUGGGAGUGCCACCAAGGUCACCGGAUCCUGGGUGCGGGACCCCCCACGAUCACGACGGGGUCCUCCAAGCGGUCUGAGCGCCGGCACAGCCAGGAGAGUCGGGUUUCUGGGCAGGGGGUGUGUGUCGUGAACGGGUCGGGGCAGCCAACGGUGGAGCCCAGGGACCCUCCGGGCGGCGACCUGACUUCGGGGUCCGCAGGGAGAGCCAACGCGUCGCGCGGCCGGGGCUCAGAGGGUUUUCGGGGACAGCCUAAGGGUCGCGGUGCAGCACCGGUCACCGAGGUGAGCCAGGAGGUCGGGGUGAGGGCCCGAGGUCCUCGGGAUGACCACUGGGGUCGAGACCUGACCUCAGAGCCCCGGGGCGGCGGUGGCCGCCGGUCCGAGCUCCCCCUGCAACCCCGCGCCCCCGGCCCGCAGGUGCAGCACGCCAGCAAGCAGAUCGCCGCCGACAAGCAGUACAAGGGCAUCGUGGACUGCAUCGUGCGCAUCCCCAAGGAGCAGGGCGUGCUGUCCUUCUGGAGGGGCAAUCUGGCCAACGUCAUCCGCUACUUCCCCACGCAAGCGCUCAACUUCGCCUUCAAGGACAAGUACAAGCAGAUCUUCCUGGGCGGCGUGGACAAGCACACGCAGUUCUGGCGCUACUUCGCCGGCAACCUGGCGUCGGGCGGCGCGGCCGGAGCCACAUCGCUGUGCUUCGUGUACCCGCUGGACUUCGCCAGGACCCGUCUGGCCGCCGACGUGGGCAAGUCCGGCACCGAGCGCGAGUUCAAGGGCCUGGGGGACUGUCUGGUGAAGAUCACCAAGUCCGACGGCAUCCGCGGGCUGUACCAGGGCUUCAACGUGUCGGUGCAGGGCAUCAUCAUCUACCGGGCGGCCUACUUCGGCGUCUACGACACGGCCAAAGGCAUGCUCCCGGACCCCAAGAACACCCACAUCGUGGUGAGCUGGAUGAUCGCGCAGACGGUGACGGCCGUGGCGGGCGUGGUCUCCUACCCCUUCGACACUGUGCGGCGGCGGAUGAUGAUGCAGUCGGGGCGCAAAGGAGCCGACAUCAUGUACAAGGGCACCGUUGACUGCUGGCGCAAGAUCUUCAAAGACGAGGGCGGCAAGGCCUUCUUCAAGGGCGCGUGGUCCAACGUGCUGCGCGGGAUGGGCGGCGCGUUCGUGCUCGUGCUCUACGACGAGCUCAAGAAGGUCCUCUAGGCGCGGCCGCAGCCCUGCGGCUGGUACGGACCCCUGAUCUUCGAGAAAUUCCAGUCGUCCCGGCCGGGGCGUGGGGGGCGCGCGGGAUGGACCCUCGGGCCCGGGCCCGCGCGCUGAUGGGGGGAGGGGAAUGCCGACGUCCCGGGGGCACAGCCAGGCAGCUCGCCGCGCGGACCCUGCAGUCCAGGUGCUGUGGGACCUCAGUUGUGUCUAAGUAUUUAUUUAAGGAAAGAGUCACGUCUCCGUUUGUACUUACGCACUAUUCUCUUUUGCACAGCGAAUAUUUGCGAUUAUGUUUCAUGUCGGGCAUUCUGCAAAACCAUAAAAAACGGGACACAGA